AUGCCUCACUCAUUCGGUUACCGGGCGCGUACGCGCGACAUGUUCAAGAGGGGCUUCAAGGAGCACGGCCCCAUUAAACUGUCGACGUACCUCAUCAACUUCCAGAUUGGUGAUAUCGUCGAUAUCAAGGCCAAUGCUGCUCAGCAAAAGGGCAUGCCCCACAAGUUCUACCACGGACGGACUGGCAUCAUCUACAACGUGACCCCCCGCGCUGUUGGUGUCAUCAUCAACAAGGUCGUCGGCAACCGCUACAUCGAGAAGCGCGUUAACAUCCGUGUUGAGCACAUCCGGCACUCGAAGUGCAGGCAGGAGUUCCUUGACCGUGUCAAGUCCAACCACGCUGCGCAUGCUGAGGCGAAGGCCAAGGGCGAGCGUAUCGACCUGAAGCGUGUGGCCGUCCUCCCCCGUACCGCCCGCACCGUCUCCGUAAAGGACAACGCGCCCCAGACGAUGACACCUGUACCUUACGAGACCACCAUCUAA